AUGGGCCACUUUCCCGGGACCUCAGGCAGCCAAAAGCAGCAGAAGCCACUCUCUGAGGACUACACCUCAGAGAAGAGUUGGAUCUCCCAGAUCCCCAUGGCAUCCCCCCAAACGCUGCUCCUCUGCCUGCUGGUCCUGGCGGUCACGGAAGGUUGGGGUCGCCAGGCGGCCAUCCCAGGCUGCCACUUGCACCCCUUCAAUGUGACAGUGCGAAGUGACCGCCAAGGCACCUGCCAGGGCUCCCAUGUGGCACAGGCCUGUGUGGGCCACUGUGAGUCUAGUGCCUUCCCUUCCCGGUACUCGGUGCUGGUGGCCAGUGGCUAUCGACAUAAUGUGACCUCCGUCUCUCAGUGCUGUACCAUCAGUGGCCUGAAGAAGGUGAAGGUGCAGCUGCAGUGUGGGGGGGACCGGAGGGAGGAGCUGGAGAUCUUCACGGCCAGGGCCUGCCAGUGUGACAUGUGUCGCCUGUCGCGCUACUAG